AUGCUCGCCCGCUCGUUUGCUCAAUCUGGCGCUCGUGCUGCUAGGAGCCUUGCGCUCCGAAGUGGCUCGGUCCGCAUGGUGACACCCGCCGUUGCUCGACGAUCGCUGCUCACCUCGGCUGCCCAGAAGACGUUUGCUCUUGGUGCUCAGAACACCACCUUUGCUGCUCAGAGGAACUUCUCGUCCUCGCCGAGCCGCAAGGAGAUCGUCAAGGUGCCUCAGAUGGCCGAGUCCAUCACCGAGGGUACUUUGAAACAGUGGAACAAGAAGGUUGGCGACUUUGUCAAGGCCGACGAAGAGGUUGCUACCAUCGAGACCGACAAGAUCGACGUCUCGGUCAACGCUCCUCAAUCCGGCACCAUUGUUGAGGUGUUUGCCAACGAGGAGGACACCGUCGAGGUCGGCAAGGACCUCUUUAAGCUUGAACCCGGUGAGGCUCCCGCUGGCGGUGCCAGCUCUGGCGACAAGAAGGAGGAGGCCAAGGAAGAGAAGAAGGAGGACGACAAGCCCAAGAAGGAAGAGUCCAAGGAGCAGAAGCAGCCCGAGAAGAAGAGCGACGACAAGAAGCCGGCGCCCUCGGCCGACCCUCAGUCGCGUCCCUCAGCCGCUAGCUCGACGCCGCCGCCUUCCAAGUCCUCGUCGUCUUCGUCUUCCUCCGAUUCCUCGUCCAAAUCCUCCUCCUCCUCCUCCUCCUCCUCCUCUUCGUCGUCAUCAAAAUCGGGUGCUGCGAGCCGAGAGGAGAACCGCGUCAAGAUGUCGCGCAUGCGUCUGAGGAUCGCCGAGCGCUUGAAGCAGUCGCAGAACACAGCGGCCUCGCUCACCACGUUCAACGAGAUCGAUAUGUCGAACCUGAUGGCAUUCCGUGCACGACACAAGGACCGCAUCCUCAAGGAGAAGGGCGUCAAGCUCGGCUUCAUGUCUGCUUUUGCCAAGGCGUCGGCGCUCGCGCUCAAGGACGUGCCCGCUGCCAACGCCAGCAUCGAGGGAGCGGGUCUGGGCGACACGAUUGUCUACCGCGACUUUGUCGACCUUUCGGUGGCCGUUUCGACCGACAAGGGACUGGUGACGCCCGUGGUGAGGAACCUCGAGUCGAUGUCGCUGCUCGAGAUUGAGCAGGCGAUCGCCGACCUGGGCAAGAAGGCGCGCGACAACAAGCUUACGCUCGAGGACAUGAGCGGCGGCACUUUCACCAUCAGCAACGGCGGCGUCUUUGGCUCGCUGUUCGGCACGCCCAUCCUCAACUUGCCCGGCUCGGCCAUCCUGGGCAUGCACGCGGUCAAGGAGAAGGCAUGGGUGGUCAACGGCAAGGUCGAGAUCCGCCCCAUCAUGGUGGUUGCGCUUACGUACGACCACCGUCUGCUGGAUGGCCGUGAGGCGGUGACGUUCCUGGUCAAGCUCAAGCAGUACAUCGAGGACAUGCCCAGCAUGCUUCUUUAA